AGGUCUUGCCUGUAAUAGAGUCACAAGAAUGUCGCGGACGCAGCUGCUCAGGCGUCUGCUUCCCGGCGUGCCCGGCACGCCUGGCCUCUUCUCGCAGUCUUGCACCGCUGUGCCAAAUGGCCUGCAGCAGUGCGGCUUUUUCAGCAGCCACGAGGAGGAGCAGAAGCAGCAAAGCAGCCUGCAGCCGGCUUCCUCGUCGCUCGUGCAGUUCGCAAACAUUGUCAACAGGCCCAUGCCCGUGCCGCUUGCCACCGCUGCGGGCUUCGCUGCCUCCCCUCUCAUGGCAAUGCCAGCUCGGCGAGGCGCGGGCGUGAUGGGAGUCAGGCGUCCAGCUCUGCCAAUGCUGCCCGGCAUGGGUCCCACAACCACGCCCUCUGCAGCCCUGGCCCGCUCUUACUACACAGAGGGCGAGAUUUUCGGCACCACGUUCAUGUACACCACAAACAUGAUGUUCUGGGCCGGUAUCGUGGGCGCGGUGGCAUUCAGGCGCAACCUCAUCAUCCUGCUGCUCAGUGCGGAGACGGUGAUGCUUGCCUGCAACAUGAACUUCCUGUUCACAGCCGCUUACCUCAACGACAUCACCGGCGCUAUUAUGUCAAUUACCAUCACCACCAUCGCCGCGUGCGAGACGGCCAUCGGCCUGGCGCUGUGCGUGGCGUACUUCCACAUGCGCUCGGCGACGGACGUGGAGGCGCUGAACAUGCUGAAGUAGAUCGGCGGGAGCUAGCAUGGGCAGCAACAGCAGCCGGAGCAGCAGCGACAGGCGUGGCGGGGGGGCCGAAACGCGUGCGGGCACAACACGCGUGCAGCGACGUUCCAGCAACGGCGCGGGCCGCAUGGCGGCCGCUGUGAGCUAGCGCAGCUGAAAGCAGAUGGGGGUCUGGAACGGAGCCAGCUGGCGCGUGGCAUGGGCACUGCUGCUAGCCGUGAUGGAGCUAUGAGCGCCUCUCAGCAACGGUGCGGCGGGAGUGAGCUUAAUGCGGAUGACGAGCCGUGAUACUGGCGGGCCUGGGGUUGGCAAGGGCAAGGGGCGAGCCUGCCAGCUGCCUUGGGGGCCUUGGGGCUACAUGAGGCAGGUGCUUGCAUGCAAAGCAACUUGUUGCGAGGGCUGGAGGCAUUGGCAGAGACUCCGUGAAUAGCCGAGAGCGGGCUGCGGUGUCGGGGUUGGCAAGAUGGCGCGCUUGGCGCGACACAAGGCUGCGGUGUGCCGUGCAAGGCGUCCGGCCAUGUUUGGCUUGCGUGCACGCAGAGGCAAUUGUGACAGGCUUAUUGCAUUAGGGCUUAAUGGCAUUUUGACUUGAGACAGUACGGGGUGGUGAUGAGCGAGGGGUUGAAAUAGUCCAGAAGUUGUAGAUUCUUACAGCAGCAUGUGGAGAGCGCAUGCUGCAGACAGUGCCUCAGGCAUUGUAGAAUUAAGGUGGCAGUGGAAAUGCACCAAGGUGGCAGUGGAAAUGCACCGACGAUUGCAGGAACAUGGGUAGGGGGUUUGGUGUGAUGCUGUACGUCGGGGCGAGGAGCCGGGAUUGGAGGCCUGGGGGAGACGUGGGGAAGCACUGCCACUGCCUCGUCCAGUGGACGGGCUGGAUGCUCAAUGGGUGUAAACCGCGCAUAGU